AUGGUUUUUUACUUUUUCAAGCGUAAAACAAAACUAGUUCUUUUCUAUUUUGGUUCAUUGCUUCCAAAAAUUCAUCUGGUGCUUAUGAACAUUGGUGGACGUGUUCUAUUGUCAUGGUUUGGAACAAGUUCAAAAGCACAAACAUGUGAUAAGAGCCGUAAAUUUUCUACAUUCACCCUGUUUUACCUUAAUCGCCGCUUGCACCCACUUGGCUACGGAAAGUUGUGUGAUCUCAAAUAUUGUCCUCCUCCUGGUUAUGUAUUGGAACGUGCUAUUUCAAACAUUGAUGCUUUUAUACGUGGUGCUUGUCCGGCUACCUAUAAUGACCUUUCUAAAUCUGUUGACUCACUCCUACUCAAGUCUAUAUUCUCUGUCCACAACAAUAUCCAACCUCUUCAUGAAUUCAAAGUCGGGUGGAAGUUGGAAGCGGUAAAUCCACUUAGACCGUAUUUUGUACAGCCAGCCACAGUUGUUAAGGUAUUCAAUUCAAGGUAUUUUCUCGUAGAAUUAGAUGAUUUAAAUCAUAAUGAAGGUGAAUCGGAUAAAGAAGAUAGCAGUAUUACUAACUCAAGUUUAUUUUCUUUAAAAAUUCAGUUUGUUGCUUAUGCAGGUAUGCCGGAAAUUAUGCCAGUUAAUGAAAGUCAACUAAGAGGAAUAUAUUUAUCCCCACCAUCUGGUUGGCCUAUAAAUAGAUAUUUUACUUGGACUAAUUAUCUCACUUAUCUAUCUGCUCAUAACAAUUAUCCAACUAACCAAUCCACAUCGAAAGAUAUAAACACUAAUAAUAUAUUUAUUCAAGAUGAAUUUACUAAGAACACAAAUAGUGUUACUUCAAAAACAAAUAUAAAUACAUUUCAUUGUACAAACUUAUUUCUAAAGACGUAA